AUGAAGAUUCUUACAGUAUUUGCAUUGAGCGCCUCGGUAGCAUUUGCAGCUCCGUCAAGCCCAGCCAGCCCGCCCACGCCCUCCACACCGUCCAGCCCAUCAAGCAUAUCAUUGGGGCACGACAAGACAAAUUCGAAUACUCUCACAAGCUGUACCCCGGACUCCAUCGCACAGUGUGUCGCAUCUCUAGGGCUGGAUGGGAUAUCAUGCUUUGCUCAAGUCUGCACGACAAUGGGAGCCACAGAGUUGAGGCGGCGCCAGACCAGCAACGCUACAGCUGCUGCCACCGACGACCUAGAUGAGACCGACGGCGACGAUGACGAUGAGGAUGUAGAGGAUGACUUUAGGGUCGCGGCCCAUGACGAUACGCCGGCGUCCUGCACUGAAGAUAACCUGCUGGACUGUGCAGUGGCCCAGUGGAGGAAUCCCGACAUUUGCUUUCAGCAGCUGUGCCUCUAA